AUGACUCCCGUUGCUAUUCAGCAUGAAUAUAAGCCUAAAUGCCGCAAAGUGAAAUUUUCGGAUGAAGAAGAUAGACAGAUUCUCGCACUAGUGAAUGCAGCCGGAGAUAACUUAAAUUGGGAAUUGAUUUCAUUUGCGCUUGGAAAUAGGACAGCAAGGCAAUGCAAGGAUAGAUACCACGCAUAUUUACAGCCAGGUCUUAACAAAUCUGAAUGGACUGAGCAGGAAGAUCAGCAGUUAAUUGACAUGGUUGCCCAAUUCGGCCAGAAAUGGAAAUUCAUUGCUACAUCUUUCAAGGGAAGACCAGAGGUUUCCCUUAAGAACCGUUAUCGUUUAUUACAGCGUCGCUCGGCGAAGCUCCAGCGUGCUCUCCAGCCAGGUGCAAGUCCUGAGGUUUCCCAGCAGUCUCAGCAGGAGGGCGGAAUGAACCAGUUAUCCUCUCCCGAAACCCAAGCCUCUGUUCAAAUCGAUGACGAAGAAAACCCAUUCGAUUUCUCCUUUGUCGACAGCUACGGUUUCGAUGACGUAUUCAACUUUUAA